AUGGCCCGAUCACAAGCCCAAGACGUCAUUCGAUGUCAAUACUGCGAGGACGAGCCCGCUGUCUUCCACUGUGUUCCGUGUGGAGAUGAACUCUGUCCUCGAUGUAAAGUCUUCCAUCUUAAAAGCAAAGUUCCCUCUGGACACAACAUCGUCCGUCUGUCUGAGAGACUUCAUCCAACCAAUCAGAUCAAAAUGUGUGAGGUCCACUCAUGUAAAGCUUACGAGGCUUGCUGUGAAGAUUGCCAAGUCCCGGUGUGUAUUACAUGCAUUCAGGAAGAGCAUGGAAAACACGCCAUCGGGAAAUUACAGGAUAUGUACGAGAAACAAAAGGCUGAAACUGAAAACGAAUUGACUAAGAUGAAGACACAAUACAAGUCUGAGAUUAUUCAAAGAAUAAAAGAUUUCAAAAAUGGAGAAAGCGGAAUAAAGACCAGUCAUAAAUUUAUAAGAGAAAAAAUGAAGAAACAAGCUCAGGAUUUUAUAGAUCAUAUCAAUACCAUUUUGAAGGAAGCCUUGGAUGAAUCCUCGAAAGACGAGAGAGAAACAUUAAAGGAAAUAUCUCAAUAUACAGCAGAAAUGGAAAGCUUUGAACAAAACAUGGAUCAAUUGAUUGAGAAAUUUGAAACUCUUACAGAAUCAAGUCAUCCCACCGACCUUAUAUUGUACCGAAAGCGAAAUCCUGACACUUUCAAGAGAUUGAAAUUUCCAGUAAAAAUAAAUCUCACUAUGCCUUCAUUUACAAUUGGUGAGAUGAAAAAAUCUCAAAAUGAGCAUCAGUUUGGUAAAUUCAUCAGAGGUCAACUCAGCCAUCUUAAAUCAAGCGAUGAUAGCUUGCGAGUUUAUGAUCAGUCUAGGUCUUCAAACGUAAAACCAUCUAUCAAAAAAGUAUCGAGACGUUCAGUUAAACUUAGCGAAACAAAAACUCAAAAGAGAGAGUUAUAUAAUGUGAGUUGUGGUGAUGAUAGAUCAGCGUACAUCAGUGGUAAUGGUCCAGGAAUACAACUGAUAGACAGGUCAGAGACAGAGCUGGAUAACAUCAGUACUGACGGUCAACCAUCUGGUCUGGCUGUGAUGAAGGACGGAAGUCUGAUUUACUCUGAAUACAUCAAUAAAGUAAUCUACAGAGUGUCACUCAAUAAACAGACAACAAAACUUAUAAAUACUGAGUAUAAUCCUACAGGACUGUGUUGUACCAGAUCAUGUGAUAUCCUGGUCUGUAUGGGUCUUUUAUAUACAGCGAGAGUGGUCAAGUACAGCAGCAGUGGGAGGAUGAUCCAGGAAUUCAGGACAGAUCAGAACGGGGAGGGAAUUUUUAUUAAUCCAAGGUUUGUCUGUGAGAAUGUCAACGACGAUAUCUGUGUUUCUGAUUCAAAUAAUAAAUUGGUCGUACUGAACAAGUCUGGAAAUCUUCGGUUUAAGUAUGACGGGAAAGUCCUUAAACAGACGUUAGAAGAAAAAUUUGAUCCGCGUGGUGUUACUACCGACAGUCUGGGUCACAUCCUUAUCGCAGACAGCGCCAAUAAUGCUGUACACCUGAUCAGCCAGAACGGGGACUUCCUGUGUUAUAUCCUGACAAAGGAUGAUGGGAUAUCACGACCACGGGGGAUCUCUGUGGACAAACACGACAACCUGUGGCUGGUAGAAGAAAAAACAGCCUGUGUUAAAGUGUAUCAGUAUCUGUCAUAAGUAACUUUGAACACUCCUUUCCUAUACUGUGAACCUUUACAAAUGUAUUUAUUUACCUUACAAAAUAACUCAUCAUUAAAAUGAUACAGUUUUCCUUAUAAUUAUUUUUCAGUUAAUAGAAACAAAUAUAAUAUUUAAUGGUUAUUUUAAUAUAGAUUUUCAAAAGAAUGUAAGUAUAUAUAUGUACAUAUAUUUUAAGCAGAAUUGUUCAUCAAAAAUGAUAUGUGACUUUGGAAAAUGUCGUGACUAUUUAUUUCAACAAAAUUUGCAUUUUUAUCUCACAUAAAUUAUACUAGUACGUUAUUUAUGGUUUAAUACUACACAUUGAUUAAGGAAGAAACUAAUAAACAAAUUACAGAGAAGACUCAAUGAUCGAUCUGAAAAGACUUUUUAGGGAAGAAGGACUUAACGAGAGUUAUUUCUCUUUGUUCGCUUGCUGCAUUUGUGAAGAG